AUGGGAUAUGGACUGAAGUGGAGAAGAUGGAUACAGUGUUGUGUUGAGCAUGUAAGGUUCCCAGUGCUUAUUAAUGGUUCAUAUGAGGAGUACUUAAAAUGUAAAAAGGGAAUCAGGCAAGGUGAUCCUUUGUCACCAUUCUUAUUUUUAAUUGUUGUUGAAGCACUUACUGCAAUGAUGAAGAAGGCUCAUGAAGAUGGUUUUAUUAAUGGCUUUAAAGUGUCAAAUACAGGUACAAAGGUUAGUCAUCUGCAGUUUGUUGAUGACAUCUCAAUUUUUUUGGAUGCUUCUGUGGAUCAAGUUCAGUUUCUUAGAAUUCUCUUGCUGUGUUUUGAAUUUCUUACUGGAUUAAGAAUCAACUUUUCAAAGAGUCAUUUGUUUGUUGUGGGUUAUAAUGGUGACAUGAAUGAGUUUACUUCUUUACUAGGCUGUUACAAUUCUGUCCUUCCUACCAUAUAUCUAGGCCUUCCUCUUGGUGAUAAGUAUAAAGGCAUUCACAAAUGGGACAGAAUAAUUGACAGGUUAAAUGCAAAGCUUGCAGGGUGGAAAAGACCUUAUCUUACAAGAGCUGGUAAGAUUGCUCUUAUUAAUAGUGUGAUGUGA